AUGGUCUACCUUGACAAGAACCUGGAGAAGAUCGGUGAGAUGUGGAUGACUUGUCGAGUUGAUGGGUGCAAUUACGGGAUGCGAGAUGAUUGCAGUGGAGCCUUUAUACACAAGAAGUGGAUGAUCAAGACCAAUGAUGAGAGGUUCCACAAGACCUUCCGAGCGAAAGUUUGUCCCGGCAACCAUCAACACGUGAACAUUGAGUGUGGCCUGACCUCUCAGACGGCCUACUACCCGUGGCGCAUGGUUCAAGCGAUUGCGCGACAUUGGCGGGAACAAACAUCGCCUCCCAAGCACCUUCGUCUACUACAUCAACAAACUACGCAAGACGAUCAAGACGAAGAUCCGAUUCCUUCAAAAGACCACCUCGACUACCACGAGUUGGAGCCAGCGGCCGAGAUCGAAAUCCGGGACCUUCGUGACGAAGUACCAGAUUCUAUGACUAUGGCUGCUGCGGAAGUUGCACAAUCCGCAGAGAACUUUGGUCAAACAGCUAUGAAUGCCAAUGACUUCCAGUUUGGCACUCUGGAACAGCUACUCAUGAUGAUGAGACCGAAGAGUCUGAUGAAUUCAACUACACAUUCGCGUGGCACCCAGCCGGGAGUCAACAGCCCAUCCUACGGAGCCUUUUCACAUGGCAACCUUCGAGGGAUCACGCGACGGACUAUGAAGAACCCGAUGUGCGUCCUCUACAUCAACCAAUUUCUUCGCCACCACCAACCUCAUGGAUGCUGGUCAAGCUUCGUCGUCAACUUCAAUUGCCAGACACGACUCCAUUGUGAUCACCACAAUGCUCGAGGAUCCUACAACUACCUGGUCGGUGUGGGAACCUACAGUGGAGGAGGUCUAUGGCUACAAGGACAGCCUCCAGAUGGAUGGAAAGCAACAAGGCGGAGGACCGAUCAAGGUCACAUGGUGGCGGGCUACGUGAUGCCGACAAAGAACAAAGUGGUGAUGUUUGAUCCCCUCAAUCUACACGCCACUCAGGCAUGGACUGGAGUGAGCUACACGUGGCGGCGGAACAUCAAGAAUCUCAUGGUGAAGUGCCGCCACAAGAACAUCAAGAACCUCAAGAAUCUCGUGGUGAAGUCCCACAAGAACAUCAAGAACCUCAAGAAUCUCCUGGCCAUCCCAAAACCUGAGAGACAAGCAUGGGAAGCCCGUGUUGCAAAGUUCCACAAGGCAGCUGGUCACCCGACAAAUAGGAAUUUGGCAAGGAUCAUCCUGGACGCUGGACACCCCAAGUGGAAGUCAGAGGUCGCCUUGCUACAUCGAUGUCCAGCUUGUGAGAGUCUACGGAAGGGCGGUGACAGCUCUGGUCAAACACCACCGGUGGCCCCGCACCAACAGUACGCAGCAUGGGAGGCCGUGGCAGUAGAUGCUGGCGAAUGGAUUCCACCUAAAUCCAAGGUCAAGGUGAAGUUUUUGGUCUUCAUGGAUGUUGCAACGAAGCUCCGCGUGAUUCAUCCCUUGUUCACCUACGGCUUCCUAGAGAUGCGAGCUGAGUCAGGACAGGAUUUCAUUCGAUCCCUGUCUGAGCGAUGGCUUGGAAUGUUCCCAAAGCCGAAAUAUCUACUACUGGACUCGGCCAAGAGCUUUACGUCGGAGCUGGUGCACGACUUCCUGAGUGACAUCAAUGUGGUUCCUCACUACGUGGCAGAGAAGGAGAGCUGGGCCCAUGGAGUCAUUGAGUUGACGGCGUCUGCGUUGAAUGCCACGGAGACCACAGCUGGCUUUUCGGCCAACCAAUGGGCAUUCGGCUCAGAGUAUUGCGUGACGGAUGAGGACAUCAGGACCUACGAGACCGUGGAGCCUCGCAUUGAGUUCACGAAGCUCAUCACUGCGCGGCUCAAGGCCGAAGAGAUAGCCAAGGCAAGCCGGGGCAAACGAGUCCUGUCCAGACUCGCAAACACAACGGCGAGGCAACCCCUUCGGACCUACAACCCGAUGGACCUGGUGAAAGUUUGGCGGCAAGUUUGGCCUCAAGAACAACACAAGCAGCCACGCGGUGGCUUCCAGAAGUCUGGGAGACCACACUGGAUUGGACCCGGCAGAGUGGUAUUUCACGAAGUGCUAGCUCAUCAAGAAGCUGAUGAUGAUCGUCGGCACAUUGUAUCGGUGCUGAUCGGCAGUCAGCUACUACGUUGCUCGGUGCAUUCUGUCAGGCCAGCGACAGAGACGGGAUGGUUUGAGAUUGAGUCCAGCAAGAUCGAAGACCCAACGAAGUGGAGAACUUUGGCCGACAUUGUGCCGACGCGAGAGUACCAGGACCUUACGGACCAAGUACCUGGCGAAGGAGAACCUGAACUACCACCACUGCCGCAGCAGCCGGAUUCUACAACUACACUCAUGCCGAGAAGGCGGGCAGUACGCAAGACUACGUUCCAACCUGGUGACUAUGUGGUUCCGCAAGCCGUACAAGAUCGACUACGUCAUGAGGAGAUAGAAGAGGAUGUGCCCGAGCCUGGGAACGGACAACCUUCUUCCAGCACGUCCGCGACUACCAGGCCAGCCACGUCAACGGCUGUCAACGACUACGAACCAGAGCCAAAGCGACUUCGAAGUGAUGAACAACCUCAUCCACAACAACUUACGUGGGUCGAAGCGCUACACAUGGAGGCAGCGCAAGAAGAACAACAAAUGGACAUUCAUACGGCUACACAGCAAGCACCGGACUUUGAACAGUUCCUCAAUAUGGAGUUUGAUGUGGGUGAAAAACUUUCAAAUCGUCAAAAGAAACAACUGGCCCCGGACCCCGUCCUCUACAUGACCAAAAAGAUGCGCGACUGUGAGGUGACCUUGUCCAAACUCAGCGAGGCUGAGCGCAAGCUAUUUACAAGGGCCAAAUCCAAGGAAGUUGACUCCUUCAUCAAGAAUGAAGCAGUCAGAGCUUGUCUUGAUCAGAAAGAGAUCAAAGAAGCAUACGGCUCCCGACGCAUCAUCAAGGCCAGAUGUGUUCUCACUUGGAAACUGGUGCCCACCGAGGAACAGUCCGAGGCUGCGAAGGACGCUGCCGAAAACCCGAACACCAUGCACUCCAAGGGCGGGAAGAAGAAGGCAAAGGCCAGGAUUGUGUUACUUGGGUAUCAACGUCCCAGUCUUCUAGACUCAUCUUUCAAGACGGCAUCUCCUGUUCAGUCAUUGAUGGGAAGGAACCUCCUCUACCUUAUGAGCGCUGAACAUCAAUGGCCACUGGAAGGGUUGGACUUGGCUACAGCAUUUCUACAAACGCAGCCGACCGAGGCGGACAAGAACAUGUGGACUACUGGAGUGGAAGAGCUACGAGAAGCUCUGGGCAUUGACGGCCCCGGACUCAUGCGAAUCCUCAAGAACAAGUACGGGAGCACUACGGCACCCAGAGGUCUAUGGUUGGACCUCCACAAGGAGUGGAAGGCUGUAAAAGACCAAGUGGAUGCGGCCUACAAGUGGGGAACGGCGAAGACCGGAUCCUACAGACAUGCCGGGACCGACGUGGUCACGACCAAGGACAACGACGGCAACUUCCAGGUGACCGUGGGCCAGGACUACUACGUGGAGGGCCUACAGGAUGUCCAAGAGCGAGUUCGAAGCAUGCAGGACAUCCCUAGGUACAACUUACUGCUCACCGAGCUCGUCACGAACAACGACCUCGAGACCGCCCCCGAGAUUCAGGCCAUGAUUGGAGAAGUACGUCAAGAACCAUUUCGGCUCCACUUCCGGAAGCUCAAGGACGUGAAGCAUUGGUCGGACAUGGUUUUCGUUUCUAUGGGUGAUCAAGCACACGGCAAUCGACCAAAAGGGGAAUCAACAGGCCUGAUCACCUUAGCAGCGGGACCAUCCUGCAUCAAUGGCGCCAUCAGUCCGAUGAUAAUGCUUUCAUGGCGAUCAUGGAAGUUAAAGAGGCGAGCCAUCGGCUCUAACGACGCGGAGAUACAAGCUGUCCUCGAAGCCGAGGACAACAACUUUCGCCUACGACUUCUAUGGAGCGAACUACACGGAGCCGGCGGACUACAUGGACGAGAACUUCGACACGACCUGGUGGAGCAGGUCGAGAACCAAACCUUGGCGAUCAAGGGCAUCGUCUGUACAGACUCAUGUGGCGGCUACGAUGCCAUUGAGGUGAGAGAGUCACCCUUGCUUGGGCUCUCAAACAUGAGGGCCGCUCUUCAGGCUUUCCAGUUGAGAGAUAAUCUUCGUCGAGCUGGAUGCAUCCUAUGCUGGUUGGCAAGCGACUAUGACUUGGCAGAUGCCUUGACUAAGAAACGUGCCGACAGCCGCUUUGGCCUCAUCAAGUUCUUGAGGACUGGACUAUGGAGCAUCAAGUUUGACCCUUCGUUCACAUCCUCAAAGAAGAGCAAACGCAUGGGCAAGUCUGCUGUCGCCGAUGUCGACUCCCACUUACGACAGAACAUCUGA